AUGUCGAAUUCUUUUGCUUUUCCUUCUAUACAUGACUUUCCACCGUUUUAUACAUUUCAACCAACUCAAACAACAUGGCAAAAUCAAGUUGCGCUUUGGUCAGAAAUAAUUUUAUCAUAUUAUAGACAUCACAAAUUAUAUCGUCUUGAAUUAUCCGAAGCAUUAAAUAGUGAAUUGUUUUAUAAUAAAGGAAUUAAUCGAAUGGCAGAAUGGGAUUCACCACCUAAAAAAACUACCGCAAUUAUUUAUUGGAGAAAACCAGAAGAAUGGGCAACCUUAAUUAAUAAUUGGGUAUUUGAAGCUGGAAUGACGAAUUCUAUAUUAACAGUAUAUGAAAUUGCACAUGGGGAUACUACUGAAGGCUUGGAAUUUCAUAAGUUGGAUCAGAUAAUUUUAAUGAAAUCAUUGGAUAUAUUAGUGAAAAAAGGUGUAGCACAGACAUUUCAAGGUACUAGUGCUGAUGAUAUAG